UAUUAUCUCUGCAGAAAUCGCCAUCUUGAGCACCCUCACUUCAUUGAAGUUCCCAUUUCAUCUCACGAGGUGCUUUACCUCAGAGAUGUGAUCAAGCGCCUGAUUGAGCUGAGAGGAAAAGGGAUGCCUUCUAUGUACUCCUGGUCCUGUAAGAGGAGUUAUAAGAAUGGAUUUGUGUGGCAUGAUCUCUCUGAAGAUGAUCUGAUACUUCCAGUUCAUGGCAAUGAGUAUGUCCUCAAGGGCUCUGAGCUCUUGGAUCAAUCUCCUCCAGAUCGAACUCAUAAUGCAACUAUCAACCCAAAAGCUCAGUACCUAAAGGCCCCUCAAUCAGAAACACCCGCCUCCUCCAAAACCCUAGAAGCUUCCUCCUCUUCCCCUCCUCCAACUGUGAUUAAAGAAUCAAAACCUCCAUCUCCACCAAAUCAGGAAGACGAUCGAUCUCCUACAUGGCCUCCUUCGUGUGAAUUUGGCUCACCCGGGCCAUCGGAGUUCAGGGUUUACAAGCCCACUGGUGCUGCUGAUGCUUCCACUCAAACUGACGAUGGCGGAAAAAAGAAAGCUCGUGAAAAAACUCAGAGUACUUGCACUCGUGGAGUCUCGACUGAUGAUAGCCCCCCUGUUGAUAUUGAGCUCGAAGAUGGUCGACAAGACCCAACUUCGAGUGCUUCUUCCUCUGGUGGAAAGGUGGAAACUUUGGAAUCUUUGAUUCGUGCAGAUGCGAGGAAAAUGAAUAGCUUUAGGGUUCUUGAGGAGGAGGAGGUCUUUGCGCCCACUGGACCUAAAUUGAGGGCUACUAAUGUAUUGAUUCAGCUUAUUACUUGUGGAUCGCUUUCAGUUAAGGAUCACCAUAGUUUUGGGCUUGUUCCUACCUAUAGACCGAGGUUUUCCCAAAUGAAAUUUCCAUCACCGAUGUUUGCUGGUUCGAUGAUGUUAGGUGAGCUUGAUUGUUUAUCUGAGAAUCCAAGGUUAAUGGGGUUGAGGAUUGAGGAUAAGGAGUACUUCAGUGGGAGCUUGAUUGAGACCAAGAAACACAAGGAAGAAGUAGGGGAAGUUGUGGCUACACUUAAGCGCUCAUCUUCCUACAAUGCAGACAGCUAAUGUAGGGGAUGCAAAUCACCAGAUUCCAAAUAUGACAAAGACAAGCCAAUGGAUUCCUCACGCUCAAAAUGCCUUCCUCGAACAAUAAAGAUUGGAAC